AUGGGGUUUAAAGAGCAUGACAAAGUGUCUAGACCGCCGGCAAUAAGCCUACAAGGACGUCGAGGACUACUAAAUGGAAGACACCAUAACGCCCUACUACAAUUCUUCACAAUUGUAGGCAUUGUGUACACAUCAUCAUGUCUUUGGAGGAUCAAUUGGAGAAUAACACCUCAGCCCAAACUACUCUCCAAUCUAAACCCGCAAGACAUCGACCCAGAUACGGACUACCCGCUGAGGCCAGCACAAGACCCUUGGGAUAUUUCCACCUCAUACCCCUACCCAAGGAAGCUUGUCAAGACUGUAUCGGAGGGAACAUGGCUCCGCAUCACCACACACCCACGGAAGCCGGAGAUCGUCUUCGACAUGUUAGGGGAUCUCUAUUGCAUGUCAACUGAAGGGGACGGAAGUGAGAUAGCGAUUCCACUACUCGUGGGUAUUCCGUAUGAAAAAGAGGCCGAGUUCUCAAGUGAUGGUACUCGCUUAGUGUUUAUCUCAGAUGCUAGCUUUGGUGUGGACAAUAUCUGGACAAUGCCCUACACGGGCUGCGAGGAUAUGGGGAAACGUUCGAUGGAACAAAGACGCAAGUCUACAGUACAGCAGACCAACUCGACUUUCAGGUUCUUUUCAAGUCCUGCUUUUCACCCAACUGAGGCCAAAAUAGUCGCUACAAAAAGGUUCCUGACCGGAAGGCCAAAUGGUGCAGGCGAGAUAUGGGAAUUUCCAUUGUUGGAGAAUAAUACCGGGCGACUGCCGGAAAGAGGUGGCAAGCGUAUUAUUCACAGAAAGCUCCCACCAUCUUGGUCAGCGAGCCAAUAUCCUCAAAGUCAACUAGGCUCCGAACAAGCUCGGUACACGCCAUCUGGAGAUGGCAUCAUCUUCUCUCGCAACAUCAAGGAUGACAUGACUGGAAAGUUCUCAUACAACAAAGACGUGCACGCUGGUAUUAGCGCCGUCUUCAUUCUUAAUACCACGACUGGGCGUACGAAUGAAGUUGUUGCCGCUACUCAGAGUGAACCAAAUAAGCCAGCGAGUCCUGGUGGAGCGAACAUGCCCAGGCUAUCGUCCGACGGGAUGACCUUGGCGUUCGUCCGUCGAAGCGGAGAGAAGGAAGUAUUGGCUUUAAAGGACAUGCGCUCCGGUACAGUGCACUACGUUUGGGACGGACUCUCAUACGAUUUAAGCACUAUCCCGGCAUUCAUGGGUGCGUACCCGAACUACGGGUGGGCAGACAAUGACACGUCGAUCAUCAUCUGGUCUCAGGGGAAGAUUUGGAAAGUCCCCAUUGGUACAAACGGAUUAGGGGAACGCAUUGCUAACGGCCAUGCACGUCAACUCCCCUUUUCUGCAACAAUCAAUCUUGAUCUUGGUGCAACAAGAUUCUCAGAGACGAAAAUAAAAGACCGAGAGCUGUCAAACUUCCGCCGAGAAUAUGCUUUCAGAAGACUGAGAAGUAAUAUGGCCGGUGAUGAAGUUGUAUUUGAAGCCUCUGGCGAUACUUACAUGUACAGUCCCCAGGCUGGGACCUUGUUGGAACUUCCCCGCCCAGAUAUUUCAACAUCCUGCUAUUCUCCCUCAUUUAUCGCGGGGUCCCAAUACAUCAUUCAGGCUUGCUGGGACAAUCAUAACCUUACGACGUUCCAUCUCACUAGUCGAAAAGGUAUGAGCUUGCUUCCGCUUGAGGGUGUGCCAAGGGGGAGGCACAUAUCUCCUGUCAGUGACGGUACUUAUAUUGCAUACGUGCGUACUGGUAAAGAUUACAUGUUUGGUGACGUUGAGGAGACAUUCGGAGAGGGCGUAUGGAUUGGAAAGAUUCAGUUGCCCUCGGCAUCCGGAUCUGAUCAUGCAAAGGUAACUGAUCUCCACCGACUCCCGGAUGUCGACUCUGGACCCGAGACAACGCUUAAUAUCCAUACUCUAAGCAGUCGGAAUAUACUACUCAUUAACCAACCGGAUUCUGUCAUCGAAUAUGACAUCAAAACGAGUCAAUUCGAGAGGACAGCCUCAGGCAAAGCGUCGGUGGAGAUGCGGGCCCAUGUUGAAGGCUAUAGCUAUAUCGUAUUCCGCGACUUCCAGCAUAUUUGGCUCUCAAAUGGAUCUCAGAAGGGGCUACCUGAUCUGUGGAGCAAGCCUGGCGAUCUACAAACGCCAGAAAACUUGAUUAGGCUUUCCCAAGUGGGCGGUCACGAUGUCAACCUCAGCGGAGACGGUAAGCUGGUGAUGUGGUUUCUUGGCCCUACGCUUCACUAUGCUCGGAUUAAGGACAUCUUGGCAGCAUGUCAGGGUGCUCCUCUUGCACUCCGCGACACGGGACAGUGUGCUGAAUCAGUUAUUCACACAAGCACUUUGAACGUUACAUACGAAACAGCACUGAGCCACCAGACUCGGUUUGCCAACGACAAAUCAUUCGCAAUUGUAAAUGCUACUCUCGUCAGCAUGGACCACAAAGAGGAGCAAUUGAUUAAGAACGCUACAAUUGUAGUUCAUAGGGGCGAGAUCAAGGCUUCAGGGCCAGGUGUCCAUAUGGACAUACCCACAGACGCGGAGGUUUUGAACGUUCAAGGAGGCGUCGUACUUCCAGGUUUUGUUGAUGUUCAUGGCCACUGGGGCGGCUUCAUCUCACCUUACCCAUUGCAAUCUUGGGAGAUGGAAACGUUUCUUGGCUACGGCGUCACUACGAUACAUAACCCUGCAUCUAAGAAUGUGGCCGGGCAUGUGGAACGUAACCUCAUCGAGAAAGGGCGUAUGUACGGCCCGCGGGUGUUUCACACCGGCGAUGUUCUCUACGGCUCAGUUCAGCCUCCAGUUUACACGGAAAUCAAUUCAUUACAAGAUGCCCGAGACGCAUUAUUACGGGUCAAGAAAGAAGGCGGAGAAGAUUCGUUUUCUGUCAAGAAUUAUCAAUUAUCGGCCCGGUCUGCCCGGCAAAGGUUGCUUUUGGAGGCCAGCAAGCUGGAUAUGCUAGUUGUUCCAGAGGGCGGCUGGUCAUUCGAUUGGGGCCUAACAUAUUUCAUUGACGGAUACACAUCACAAGAGCAUCCGUUGCCCGUUCCUGAACUAUAUGAUGAUGUCCUCUCACUUGUGGAGGCAAGUGGAAGCUCGUAUACGCCGCUUGCGGUGAUGAAUUAUGGAGGUAUAUUUGGCCAGCAUUGGGUUCAUCAAACUUUCAAUAUUCCAGAGGACCCAAAACUUAGGCGAUACGUCAAGCACGAUAUCCUGGAGAGCUUGACUGAGGUGAAGCAAGCCCCGAAGAGUUCCUACCUCUUCUUCAACACUACCAUAUCCACGGCAAAACUGGCGAAACGGGGCGUGCGAACCAAUGUAGGCGCCCACGGGGAGCAGCCGAUCGGAUUUCUAUAUCACUCUGAAAUGCUGAUGAUGGCUAUGGGUGGACAGGAGCCGUACGAGGUCUUGAGACACGCCACAAUUGGAGGGGCGACUUCGCUGGGACUGAACGCGUCUGCGGGAUCGAUUGAGCCUGGGAAGCUGGCCGAUCUAGUCAUCUACCCUCCUUCAGUUGAUAGUAUCGAUAAGGCAUGGGGAAACAGCAUGCAUAUGGAGUACGUGAUGCGGGGAGGCACAUUGUUUUCUGUGGAGGAUGGAUUGGUGGAAAUGUGGCCUCGGCGAGGGAGACGACAAGAACGGCCCUACAUGAAUCCUUAG